AUGGCCGAGUACUCCGUUUUCGCUAGUGCAGGCUUUGACCCAAACGAAUACGCGAAUGCAGUACUCGCAGGCGAGUCGUAUCCUGUUUCCGACCCCAAAACACCAGCAGUCAAAACGUCUUUCGAACCUUCUCCCAAAGAAGACAUAUCGGUGGCCAUUUCGAAGCUUAGCGCUGGCGUGGAGGAUGUUUCUAAGCAGAUAAAAAGCGUGGUCAACACGCAUCACCAAGUUUUGCUGCAACAAGCCGCCAAUGCGAACGCCUUGGCUGGCUCCCUCACCUCUGUGAGAUCCGGUCUGUCAGACCUUGACUCUUCCAUUGAGAAACUCCGGCUGAAAGUUCGCGUGCCAUAUCAGUCUCUGCAAACGAAUGUUUCGCGUCUGGAAAAGUUACAACAAGCGUCAGAUAUGCUGCGCCGGAUUUCGCGUUUUGUGGUCCUGGCUCGGAGAUUACAGGCCCAAAUGGCCGAGAUGGAAUUGCCUGUUCAGCCGAAUUCGACCUUUAAAGAGACGCCAAUAAAUGUCAUUGGUCAGGAUAUUGAGGACGAAAAGGAACGAGCUAUAGCCAAAGCAGCGCUGAGUAUAGCUGAACUGAUGGCCUUACUGGACGGGCAACAAAAUCCCGCUCCUGAAGAAGGCAUGAAUCAGUCGGAAAAUGAGCCAGCAGACUCUGCAGCUUCGGCCUCGUUACGCUCAGUGAACGCAGUCGCUGCCCACAUCACUUUUAUUACCGACGCGCGUGCAAAAGUGACUACCGAAAUGGAAAGCAUGGUUCUAACAGGGCUGAAAGAUCUUAAUCAAUCUUUGCUUGCCUCUUCACUCCAAACGGCAUUCAACCUUCGCGUGCUCCCAGAGCUUGUUCAGAAUCUUAUCCUUGACCUUUCCAAAGCGGUUGAAGAGCGCAUUCAGAGUGCCUUUGACUUGUCCAAGAUAUCACGCGACGCUUCUAGUAAAGACUCAGCACCAAAUGCACCCCAAUCGCCCACGUCGUACAAGUCUAGGGUCAGGACAGAGCCCACAACCUAUACCGCUCCGCAAUGGGCCGCCGCUUUGUGGACAAGACUGGAGAGUAUGAUUGACGAUAUGGCAGACUGCUGCGUCAAAGUAUAUACUCUUGAAAAAGUCUUGAAGCUAAAGCGCGAUACCGUUUCGCAAGCGGUCUUCCUUGAUGAGGCAAUGAAACUUCUCGAAAACAAGCCUAGUGCAACAUUUUGGACUGCUUUGGGGAAAUCACUAGAGAAGACGGCCAGAGAUGCCGCGCGAGGUUCGACAUUCUUGCAGCAAACUCUGAGCACUGGGUACCCCCGUCUACUCCGCCUGUUCCACCGUUUCUUUUCCAAAAUUGCUGUUCACACAGACACAAUUUACACCCAAACUCGUCAGAGUCCAGAAACCAUUCUUGUUCUCCGGACUUUGUCAAAUUUCGAGUCGCUGUACAUUUCCCGGUCCUCAAAUAAGCUCAACGAAGCAGUUGCCCAAGCACUUUCUGGCGGAACCCGCAAUCCUCCAGGCAUGAGCGAGGGGGUCAAUGUCUCAAGAGCUGUAGCUAAUGAACUUGACUCUGCACGAUUUGACCCACUGCUGAUUCGAGCAGUCGCUAAAAACGUUGGGGCAAGCUUGGACAUGCUGCUUUCCCGUAUAGAUGCUUUGAGAAGUCGAGAUCGCACUGCAACGUCUCUUGCUGGGCCCUCAGCAACGCAACAACACACAACCAACGCUUCAUUGGCCUCUUGUCUAUACCACUGUUGGUCUCGCCUAGCCAAACUUGGCGACGAACACUCGGAGAAUGUUGUUGCAAUCAUAACUCCCUCUAUCCAGAAAAUCAACGCUGCUUAUGAUGACAUUGUCAAACCGGUUUCCCAAGCGAUUCAACGGGAACUGGGAGCAAUCAUCGCCCGAAUUCACCGUCUUAAUCUUGCAAAAGCGACAGGCACGGGUGGAGCAAGUUUGUACAUGAAAGACCUCGUUGAGAAGUUGGGGUUCAUCAAAACCGAGAUUCUGAGCAAAUAUAACCUCGCGGAUGCUGGUCGAGAAUGGACGAACUCCAUUAUCAAGUUUGUCAUCACGACGUUUGUGCUGCAUGUUUCCAUCGCAAAACCUCUGGGUGAAAGCGGGAAACUGCAGCUUACCAGUGACAUGACAGAGCUAGAGUUUGCUCUGAACACUUUCGUUGGUGAAGGAUCGAUAGAAAGCGUCGGAGACGAAUAUCGGAUGCUUCGAGCGCUCCGACAAUUACUGUUCCUUGACAAUGCUCAACUGGCUUCGUCGAAACUUACAGCCGGUCUGUCUCCGUUGAUUGUACUGCACCACAUUCUUGUCCGUUCACCGGUAACACUUCCGCAUUCUCUCCAUGGCUGGCAGGAGCCAGAAUAUGUGCGCUGGCUGGAGGACCGGCCAGAGCAGGAGGCCCUGACGCUCAUAGAGAGUGGAUUGACUCACUGGGAAAAGAUUCAGGAAAGCGAGAGCGAAAGGGACAGUGGGAAGGAAUAUGUAGCACUUGCACGAACGGUAUUAGCCGAAUCGAAACAUUUGUGA